GUCCACCAGAAAUAGCACCUUCCAAUUUAAAACAGCCCCCCAACCCGCCAUGAAUCCUCGCCCGCCCAGCCCACACCGCAGCGAUCGCCGGAGCCCGCCCGCCGGCGAUCGCGAUGGCUCCCUUCCCCUCCCAGUCCCAGGAGGCUCCACAGCCACCACCGGCCGCCGCCAAGCGGAAGCGGCCCUGCCUCAGCUUCACGGUGGCGCGCGACCGCUGCCUCCGGCGCCGCUUCCACUCCGCGGGCCUCCGCCCCUUCUCCAUCCGCCUCCCUUCCUCCGCCGGCAGCGGCACCGGGACUACCGUCAGCCUCUGGGCCCCGCCGCAGCCCGCGCGGCGCGCCGUGCUCCUCCUCCACGGCUUCGGCGCCUCCGCCACCUGGCAGUGGGCCCCGUACCUCCGCAGGCUCAUCGCGGCCGGGUUCGACCCCAUCGUCCCGGACCUCCUCUUCUUCGGGGACUCCGCCUCGCCGGCCCCCGACCGCUCCGAGACCUUCCAGGCGAGGGCCGUCAAGGCCGCCAUGGACGCCAUCGGCGUGCGGCGGUUCGCCGUGGUCGGCGUCAGCUACGGCGGGUUCGUGGCGCACCGCAUGGCCGCCAUGUACCCGGAGGCGGUGGAGCGGGCGGUGCUCGUGUGCGCGGGCGUCUGCCUCGAGGAGAGCGACCUCUCCGUGGGGCUCUUCCCCGUCGCCGGCGUCGAGGAGGCCGCCGAGCUGCUCAUCCCGAGGCGGCCCUCCGACGUGAGGAGGCUCGUCAGGCUCACCUUCGUCCGACCGCCGCCCAUCAUGCCCUCCUGCUUUCUCAAGGACUACAUAAACGUGAUGGGUUCAGAUCAUAUCGAGGAAAAGACCGAGCUGCUCCGUGCUCUCAUCAACGACCGGCAACUUUCAGAUCUCCCUAAAAUUAGCCAGCCAACAUUGAUAAUUUGGGGUGAACAAGAUAAGGUGUUCCCAUUGGAGCUGGCUCAUAGAUUGAACAGGCAUCUGGAUGGAAAUUCUCGGCUAGUAGUCAUAAAGCGCGCGGGGCAUGCGGUCAAUCUAGAGAAAGACAAGGAAGUGUGCGCUAACAUUAUAGAGCAUUUGCAAGAACCGGUUUCUUGUGACGAUUCAAGUUGGGAGAAGGAGGUGGAGAUUCAUUAAUGGUGGAUACUUCUGAACUUGGGGAUCUCCAGUGGCUAGAAAAGAGGCCUGCACAGUUUUGUUAUGAUGGCCUCUUCAGUUUUGAGCAGCUGAUGUAAUAAAACCAUUGUAACUACAUUGACUGGGAAAUAUAUUAUGUUUUAACAUGUGAUGGGCUAAUCGAAGGCAAGCACGGAGUAGUAGACGAUCAA